AUGAGCAUCACAGGCACUCAAAUGGAUGCGCUAGCGCGCAUAUACUCAGGAUACAUAGCAAGAAUCGCGUUAUUCAAGCUACAGGAUGACAAUUACGAUCUACAGGAUGUAAAACAGCUACGAUCUAUGCAACACAAGGAUAGUAAGACACUACUGAGAUCAGGAACAAUCACGCAUCGUAUGGAACGAAGUACAGAAGUUCAGAGGGCGACUUCAAGCCAGAGAACAGGUUCGGAACCCGGACAAUCCGCUCAAUCCGCUCAAACGGAUUAUCACACCGCUUCAAGGGAAAGCGAAGGCAAUACGCAUACAGCCAGCGAAUAUCAGAGUGAUAGUGAAUUAGCAAUGAUCGAACAGACUAUUCGAGCAUUCAGGAAUGAUACUUCGACGCUACAGAAGGAAAUAGAGCAUCAGGAAGCUCCAGGACAUCUAUUGAACGAUGAUACAGUUCAAUCUACUCUAGGAAUGAAUAGUUACGAUCAGUUUGAAAACGAUUUUGCGAAGGACUUCGCAGUACCAGACAGUAUCAGUACUACAGGAAACAGGACACAUGAUAGGUACACGAGGAAAGAAUACAUCGGAACAAGGACAAGGACACAGAAAGACAGGAAGUCAGCGCUAGAGCGCAUUGAUCCACACAUGGAUUUGCCAAAUGAACAAGAAAUUGGCAGCAUACACUCAGGACUUCAGGCAGCGCUACUGCGCAUACAGACAGGACAUUUCAUUGAGACAUACAUGGAACAACGCAGCAUACAGACAGUUACGGCACUCAGGAAAGUAGAGAACGCUACUUGGACAUUUUGUGAUAGAACAUCGCGCCAUGAGACAGCGAAAGUAUACUUGGACGAUUCAGGAAUCGAAUCAAUCGACUUACGAAGACACGAACGAGUCGAGACACAAGGAAACAGUAUGAGAAUACAGCAGGACAUUCAUUGCGCACAGAGAUACCGCGCAUAUAGACACAUAUCUAGUAAUAUUAUGCUCAUACAUCACGAUCUCAUUGAAUUCGAGACGAUAUUUUCAUUCAAGGACGGAUAUUACACUCUAGGUUGCACUCCGCAAUUAGUAUUUGGACAUCGAGCUCAACAGGAUAUCCAGUUUUGCAUCACAGUUGGUUAUUGCACGCAAAAGAGUACACAUUUGGACAUAUUCUAUCAAUACGAGCGCAAGGCAUUACAUUUGCAGGAACUAGUCUAUUGGAAAAAUCGAGGACAUAGCAGAGGAAUUUCGGAAUACAUCUCCGCUAUCUAUUAUUGCAUGACUAUUCUACAGAAGCAGAGAAACGCGCAAGGACAGCUAGAAGCCGCAACGCUAAUCCAUUCUAUUGAGGAAGAAGGCUAUAGCUUCGUCGAUCAGGGAUUUACCUCCGCGCUUCCCGAAGACGCGGGAGAAGAGAAUAUUUGCAAUUACCACGCCGCCGGAAUUUCCAUUUCCGUACAUAUCGAUCUACAUCGCGCGUCUCAGAAUACUCAAGAGCCGAAACGCCAUAUCUCCCCAGGAACUCCACCGAUUCCCUUCGAAAAGUGUCGUAUCGAUAGCGACAAUCAAGAGGCAACUUUUCUACUAAUUGACUAUACGUUUCACAUGGUUCAGAACCAUGCUACUCACCGUCCGGAACGCCACCACCGUCUCAAUACGCACCGGAUCGACUUCGGAUCAGUUCAGAGAGGCAGUACUACAUCACGAGGAUGUUUCCCAUACGCAUGGGCAAGGACUAAAUGCUAG